AUGGAGUUCGCCACUGAUAAAGAGUUUCUUGCAUAUUAUAAGCGAUAUGCCAAGAAACAAAGUUUUGGUGUCAUCACACAGAGGACCAAAAGAGAUGCAUCUGGGAAACCGAAGUAUGUGACAAUUGGGUGUGCACGUGGCGGCAAGUACCAUCCGAGUCACAGUAAUAUCUCGAAGCCGCCACCAACAAUUAAAACAGACUGUAAGGCGAAGUUAAAUGCUCACUUGGACAAAAAGGGUGUAUGGGUUUUGACCACUGCUGAGAAUACUCACAAUCAUGCUACUGUCAGCCCACAAAAGUCUAGAUUUUUUAAAAGUCAUAAGUGUUUAGAUGAAUACAGUAAAAGAAUGCUCGAUCUAAAUGACAGGGCAGGUAUUCGAAUGAACAAAAAUUUUGGAGCACUUGUUGUUGAUGCGGGCGGGUUUGAGAAUCUUGAAUUUCAAGAGAAAGAUUGUCGAAAUUAUAUUGACAAAGCCAGACAAUUGAGGCUGGGUAAAGGAGGUGGCGAAACACUUACUGAUUACUUUAAGAGGAUGAGGAAGAUGAAUGAUGGAUUUAUUUCUGUGAUUGAUGUGGAUGAUGAGUUGCGACUCAGAAAUGUGUUUUGGGCUGAUGCACGUAGUCGAGCCGCGUAUGAGUGUUUCAGAGAUGUGAUCACCUUCGAUACGACGUAUCUAACAAAUAGAUACAGUAUGCCUUUUGCUCCUUUUGUUGGGGCUCUAAAAGCAAUCAUAACAGAUCAAGAUCGGGCAAUGAAGAGUGCCAUUAUGAUGAAAUUACCUGAGAAAUUGGGAUCCCACUCCCAAUUCAACGCAGGGUUAAAGACUGACAUUCAGAGUGCCCUAUAUGAUUCGCAUAACUGUGAAGAAUUUGAUGCCAAAUGA